GCAACUCAUAGACACUCGGCCUCGCGUCGCCGCAACUCGCGCGCGCAUUUCAAUGUGACCAUUGACAAAAACGCGGGAGUCCCGUAUUUUCCGAAUGUUCGAAUUUCAAAUUUGAAAAAUGCGCUCCUUAUUUUUUUUGUGUGUGUGUGUGUACGUAGUGGCGGGACAAAAUGUUAUCGAUAUGGCAAAUAUGCCGAAAUACGAUGAACGUUACGACUAUUUGGAUGUGGACGCUUUGUUUAAUAGCAAAAGGCUAGUCAGGAACUAUGUGGAUUGUCUUAUUAAUGCUUCGAGGUGUACGCCGGAAGGAAAAGCCCUCAAAAGAAUCCUUCCAGAAGCGCUAAGAACGAAGUGCAUCCGUUGCACCGAGCGGCAGAAGAAGACGGCGGUGAAGGUCAUCAAGCGGCUGAAGUACGAGUACCCUGAGGAGUGGGCCAAGUUGUCCACCAGGUGGGACCCCACCGGAGACUUCACGAGGUACUUCGAGGAGUUCCUGGCGAAGGAACACUUCAACACCAUUCUUGGAUCUGCCGGCAAUGAAAUCCCAGGCUCGUCGCCGCCGUCGCCACCGCCACCGCCGUCGCUGCCACCGCUGACCGACGCGCCACCGAUGCUGACUAACGCGCCACCGAUGCUGACCAACCCUCCCCCGUCGCAGACCUACCCCCCGCAGAGCUUUCCGUCCACCUCCCCUAGACCUGUGAUACUAAACAGGUUCGGAGACGACGGCGAGCUGAUGAUGGGCAGCCCCUCGUCUGCGGCCGGCACCACCCCGCCCACCAUGAGGCCCAUCUCAACUACCAACAUGCGGCCCAUGAUGCAGCCACGACCAACAAUGAUCUGGACAGCAGCAGCAUCAGACUCCAUGCCAACUCGCUUCCCACUCAGACCCAAUAAGGACAUGUCUCCACCGUACACCACAGCGAUCACGCUCAUAGACCAGAUCGGGUACAAGAUCAUCAGAACUACGGAACUGGUCACCGACAUAUUGAGGAACACCGUCAGGGCUGUGGUCGGCCGGUAGAUGGCGUUGGUUGAGGAGCUGAUUUGGGGAGUGAUUUUGGGUUCAAAACGCAAGUCAUACAACUUGCGUAUCUAACACGUCUAUUGUAACUACGCAACCUAUAUUUCAAGGGCCAUAUCGCCAAACUUGUAGACUUUGCCACAUUGUAAUAAGAACCGAUGUGUACAUACAUAAAUGCACGAGACUGUACGAGUAUGUUUCAUCAUCACUCUCCAUGGUGCUCAAUAUAGCUCAAUUGACGACCUCGGUGGCGCAGUGGUAAGAUUCUUGCCACUGAACCGAGAGGUCCCGGGUUCGAUCCCCGGUCGGGUCAUGAUGGAAAAUGAUCUUUUUCUGAUUGGCCCGGGUCUUGGAUGUUUAUCUAUAUAUGUAUUUGUUAUAAAAUAUAGUAUCGUUGAGUUAGUAUCCCAUAACACAAGUCUCGAACUUACUUUGGGGCUAGCUCAAUCUGUGUGAUUUGUCCUAAUAUAUUUAUAUUUAUUUAUAUUUAUAUUUAUAUUUAUAGCUAGUAAGUAGUGCGCUUACGCGUAAGAAUGUGAGAUUAAUAAUACUGGCAACACCACCGACACGUUUGGUUCUAAAAUAUUUUGGCUAUUCUGUAAAAAAAAACCAUUACAGUUCGUGCAAUCAAACACACGAAUUAAUUGAUCAAAAGUGCCUUGUAAAAAUAUUUAAAUUAGAUACAUUCAUCUAACAAAGCAAUUACUAUUCCUUAUGAGAUUGUAAAAAAACAAUAGGUUAUAAGAUUCUUGAAGAACAGUUACAUACCUACAUCACUAGGUAUAUAUAGUGUCAAAGCUUAUCUUAGUUAUUUAAUUAUAUCGUACACUUUUUUCAUCAUUAUUCAGCAACAAAACAGUUAAAGAUUUAAGUACAAUAGUAAAAAUCGUUAAAGAACUAUACUUGUAGAGCUAGGCCCCAUUGCUCAGUCGUGCUCUGUAGCGACGACGCAGCAAUCUGCCGCUUCGUAAUGCUGUUGUUUUCCAUAGAUUGUGACCACAGAAAUCAAUCUAGACUGAUUUCUGAGGUUGUGACACGUGCGUACGUCGAAUCUCCAUACAUAGAAAUUGUAUGGAGAUUCGACGUCGGAGAAUCGACGGAUGUCAAAACAAACGGAGCAAGACAGCAAUAGGGCCUUGCUUUUAGUUCAGUAAGCUGUUGAUGCCAUCUAAAAUUACUUUUGUAAAAGAAGUUACUUAUAUCUUCUAUAUAUUAAAUUUAACCAGUACCCACAGCUCUUAUCAGAAUCUAGCUAAGUAUUUGUGAAUAUUUCGUAGUUAUGGCCGGUGAUAAUACUUAUUUAUUGAGUUAAAAUGUUAAAAUAUUGUCAAUAUUGGAGAGAGUUAGGCAUUAAUUAUUUAGUUUUAAACGCGAAUCUCAAUAUAAACUCAUAAUUAAUUUAGUUCAUAUAGUAAGUGUUAAUUUAUUUAUAACUAUUUAGAACUAUUAUAAAGUUUUUCUUAGUGCCUUACUACUUAAGCCUUUUUUAAGAUGAAAAUGUUGUAAUAGACAUAAACUACAUUUUUCUUCGAAAAUACUUUUUUAUAAAUAAGUAAGCCAUUAAACGUUUUUUUAUGUACCUAA